AGAAAACAAGUUAAACAACGUUUCGAAAAAAAUUUCAUAUUCAAGUUUUAAUAAUUAGAGCGGACCUUUGAGCUCUGUUUUUUUAAAAGAACAAUUCUUAUUUUGAAUAAAAAAUAUAAGCUUUGUCUUUUAUUCAUUCUCAGUCUCUCAAAUAUUGCUUCGUGACGUUUGUUCUCCAGCACGUGCGCUUUAUAUAACCUCUAUCAGUCUAAUCUCACAAAAGUCGCGUCGAUUUACGAUACACUCAUCGCGAAUCCUUUCACAAUGCUCUCGAGAAUAUGUAUUUGUCGUAUCUUAUCAUUUCCCUGUUCAGUAUGCGAUAACACUUCACCUGACCAGACCGAUUUCCCCAAUGAAAGUUAAUAUAUAUCUUGACAAGCCUCACUAUGAAUGUAACAUUUAUUUUAUAUGAAAAGAGAUUUUCCUGCUUGAACAUUCAUCUAUUCUCCAACGUCAAUCUUAUAUAUGUUUAGUUCAGGCUGUUUGAUAAGUGCUAGAAGCUAGGAAUAGUAUCAAAAAUAUGUUGAUCUUUUUAUUACAUUAGUCUAUCAUAAAGUGUAAAAGUAAGAAUAAUGUCAGGCAUUAGCAAUGAGAUAAAACGUUCCCUGAAAGUGAAAGAGGAGGAAGAAUAUGCCAUGACUUGUCUAGGGACGUAUGUAUUUGUAGAUAAACAUUGUAGACAAUCAACUACAAAUGAUUCAUCUGCGAAGCAAAUUGAUUCUCUGUCACUUGCAUAUGAAGAUCUAUUCACCAUGCCUUAUAACAUCAUACAGGAUUAUGGUUUAAUUAUAAAACAUUUAGAUAUCAGUCACAAUGUAUUCAGUAGGAAUUUACAAUUUUUAUCAGAAUUUGACAACUUGAGAUCUCUCAACUUGGACAACAAUAAAAUAGAUGAUAUUACUGUGUUCCCACAUAUGCCAAAUCUUGAACUUCUUUGGUUAAAUCAUAACCUCAUUAAAAAUUUAUAUCCCUUUAUUAAGAACCUUCAUAAGAGUAUACCAAAUCUUAAAUAUUUAUCUCUUAUGGGAAAUGAGGCAGCACCUAGUUAUCUUAACGGUGGAAAUUUCUUUGAAUAUCUUCAAUACAGGUUAUUUGUCCUAUCUUGGUUUCCAAACUUGAUACACUUGGAUGACAGAAUAGUGAAUGACGAGCAGCUACUAGAGGCCAAGAGACUAUUCAAACGACCAUUGUUUAAAGUAGAACUGCCAGAAUGCAUUAAAGACUUACAUAAUAAAAUGAAUAUCUUUUCCAAGCCAUCAAUGCCUGAUAAACAAAAAAUAUCAAGGGGAACAAAUCUUAUUAUUUAAACACAGUAUUACAGAAUAGCUCAAAGGAAAUUUUGAUUAUCAGAUAUUCAUUUAAGAAAAGAAUGAGAUAUUUUGCAUGCCAUUAGAAAUAUGUGCCAAUUAUAAAAGCAAUAAGUAAUACUAUGUUUUAUAAUGAUAUAUAUAAGCAUUUUCUUUAAUAGUCAUUUUUUAUAUUAUAUUCAAAUAGCUGUACGAACAAAUAAUUCGUAUAUUAAAUAUACUCUAUGUAUAUAAUAUUUGGAAUCAAUUUUAAAUUAUAUUCUGCUUUUAAAAGCAGAUGUUAUAUUUGCAGACAUGUUAUAUUUACACUACUAGAUAGGUAUGCCUCAUUAAUUUACAUAGAUGGUUUUAGCACAGAGUCUUUUUGUAAACUGUAUAUAAGACAUGAAUAUUAUUUUAUACAUUAUGCAUGUGUGUAUAUAUUGCGUAUGUCAGUGGUUUUUAUGAACAUUUGAUAAAAAUAAAAUUGUGAUACAAAU